AUGCCAUCUGAACAGAAACAUUUAUUUUUUGAUGAAAAACAGCAUACUUUAAAAAGAGAUUAUGAUGUGAAAAAUGAGAGAGUUGAUACUAUCAGAUCAGUACUUAAACCAAAAAUUUCAGAAAGUAGUUUUCAUUAUGAACUAAAAAAUGUGAAAAUUGUUUUGCCGAAGAUAAAUAUUCCAAAUGAGGUCCUAUUGAAACAUGAAGUUGACAAAUACAGAAAAUUAUUUCAGCAUAAACCACAGACUGCAAGAAAAUCUAUCGGUAUAAAGACUGUAAGCUGUGUAGAGGAGUGUAUGUUACUCCAUAAGUCUGAGAGAGUUGAAGAGGAAGGUAUAAAAAUGUCUGCAAAAAUACUCAACUUCAACUGUUUGAAGUGCCGAGAUAGUACUCGGUAUAGCCCAAAUGAUUUGCAGAAACACUUCCAAAUGUGGCACCGUGGUGAAUUACCUUCAUAUCCUUGUGAAAUGUGCAGUUUUUCAGCAAAUGACUUUCAGGUAUUCAAACAACAUAGACGAACCCAUAGAAUUACUUUAGUAAAAUGUGACAUUUGUAACAAUGAGAAUUUAUAUACUUUAUUAGACUUGACAAAGCAUUUUUCAUCCACACAUUGUGUAAAUGGUAAUUUUCAAUGUGAAAAGUGUGAAUUCUCCACCCAGGAUGUUGGCACAUUUGUUCAGCACAUACAUAGACAUAACGAAAUCCUUUAUAGAUGUGGUAAAUGCCAUUAUAUAUGUUUAACCAAAGGAGAGCUUCAGAAGCACCUUCAUAUUCAUUCUGGUACAUUUCCCUUCACUUGUCAAUAUUGUAGCUAUGGUGCUACCAGGAGAGAGCACCUUGUAAGACAUGUUAUAACUUUGCACAAAGAACAUUUAUAUGCGAAAGAAAAACUGGAAAAAGACAAAUAUGAAAAAAGGAUGGCAAAGACUUCAGCAGGACUUAAACUAAUUUUGAAAAGAUAUAAAAUAGGUGCAUCAAGGAAGACAUUCUGGAAACGUAAGAAAAUCAACAAUGGAAGUGACAGAAGUAUAGAAAAAAACACUCAAGUGCUUAAAAAAGUGAACAAAACACAGGCUAAAUCUGAAGACCAGAGCCAUCUUGUUCAGGAACAUUUAAAUGAAGAAAAGGAUGAAAGACUAUACUGUGAGAAUAAUGAUAAACCUGCUGAGUCAGAGUCAGAAAAACCAACUCUUCUGUCCACCGGGCAAUGUAAUGGAGCUGAAGAGGGAUCAAAUUCUACUUCAGGUUUCCUGAAGACUGCUGUACAAGGACCUACAGUAUUAAUGGUAAAAAAUAAUAGAAUAACAAUUCCUGCUAACUACAGUGCUAAGUUUAUGGGCUUUAAGAUGGUGGAUGGAAAACAACAUAUUGUAAUAAAACUGUUGCCUACCAAUAAACAGAAUUUAUAUUCACCAGGCUCACAGUCAGGUGCUGUAAGGGACAGUACUGCAAUUUUGCAGCCCCAGACUUUGGACACUACUGCAUUUUUAACAGGAGUAACAACUGAGUUAAAUGACACAGUUUACAUGAAAGCAGCUACUCCAUUUUCAUCUUCAUCUCCUAUACUUUCAGGGAAGGUAACUUCAGAAAAAGAAAUGGCUUUGCUAUCUCAAACAAGUAAUAUGCUUCCAACAAUGGAUGAUGGAAAAAGUGUUUCUCCUUUGCCAAUAACAUCAGAAUUGAUCACAGCAUCGGUGAAUUUGACCACAAAAGUAGAAAUAAGAGAGAAUGUUGACUUAUGGGGAAGUCAUAUUACUCAGUGUCACCCUGAGGUAUCAGGUACUGCCAUUAAAAGUCAAGAUAAAGUCACCUGUACUACCAAACCAAAUUCAUACAACAGUGGAGAUAUGCAUAACUAUUGCAUUAAUUAUGUCAACUCUGAGUUACCUGUUGAAUCUUCCAACCAAGGAUCAUUACCUUUUCAUAAUUACUCAAAAGUGAAUAAUUCUAAUAAACGUCAUAGGUUUUCAGGGACAGCAGUGUGUGAAAACCCUCAAAGAGAAUCUUCAUCAAGCAAGACAGUAGUUCAACAACCAAUAAGUGAGUCAGUUUUAUCACUAGUGAGGAAGGAGAGCUCAAACCCAGAUAGCCUGUUAGCAUCUAUUAGUCGUUUAAAUACUAAAGAUGGAACUUUAAAAACACAAGCUGAAAUUGAAGAACAGUGUGUUUUAGAAAAAGGACAAAACAUUGAUGGGCAGAACCUGUACACUAAUGAAAAUCAGAAUUUAGAGAGCAUGACUGAAAAGCCUAAAUGGGAUGACGUUUCUAGUGUUGAGUCACCUAUGAUGCCUAGAAUUACAUCUGUUUUCUCUCUCCAGAGCCAACAGGCAUCAGAACUUUUGCCACCUGAAAUAAACCAGUUACUUCAAGAUGUAUUAAAAGCAAAACCUGAUGUAAAACAAGACUCUAGUAACACUCCAGAUAAAGACCUGCCGCUUCAUUGUGACCAGUCAUUUCAGAAACAUGAGGGAGAAGACAAAAUAGUUGAAUCUUCAAAAGACUUGAAAGUACAAGGCUUCUUUCCAAUUCCAUCUGGUAAUAUGGGGAUUAAUGUGGCUACAAAUUAUCUGAAUUUAAAAUUUAGUGGAAAAGAAAAACAAAUGUUGUCAAUGUCACAAGAUGUGAGAGAUUCAGAGAAGACCCCUAGAAUUUCUGGUUUUGGCACAUUACUUAAGACUCAGUCAGAUGCAAUAAUUACACAGCAGCUUGUAAAAGACAAACUACGAGCCACUACGCAAAAUGUUGGUUCUUUAUAUGUGCAGAGUCCACUUGUAAAUUCAGAACCAAAAAAGGCUAUCUUUGUUCAGACUCCAAAAGGCUUUUUUGUACCAUUGCACGUUGCUAACAAGCCUGCAUUACACGUUUCAGGAAGACCACUUCCAUUGGUUAAUACACAAGGUGUCCCUGCCUCUCUCCUUUUAAACAAGAAACCUGGGAUGAUUUUAACAUUUAAUAAUGGGAAACUUGAAGGUGUUUCUGCUGUCAAAACUGAGAAUGCUCAAGCUUGUGGAACUGCAAGUAAGGAGCCUUGCAGAACACCUUUUUUAAAAGUAGAACCGAACAGUAAUUGUCUAACCCCUGCACUUUGUUCCAGCAUUGGCAGCUGUUUGAGCAUGAAAAGUAGCUCAGAAAAUACUUUGUCAUUAAAAGGACCUUACAUUAUUAAAACGCCAGCAAGUUCUUCAGUGAAAGGUGUUCCUGCUCCUAAUAUAAUAUCUGAGCAUCAGGGCACUAAGUUGAAUAUCUCGGAUUCAGUAAAACAGCAGAACAAGAUUUUUCCAAAACCACCGCUUUACACCGUUUUGCCUGAUGGCAAACAAGCUGUUUUUUUAAAGUGUGUGAUGCCAAAUAAGACUGAGCUGCUUAAGUCUAAAUUAGUCCAGAAUAGUACUUAUUAUAAAAAUAUACAGCCAAAGAAACCUGAAGGAACACCACAAAAAAUAUUGCUGAAAAUUUUUAACCCUGUUUUAAAUGUGACUGCUGCUAAUAAUCUGUCAGUAAGCAACUCUGCAUCCUCGUUGCAGAAAGACAAUGUACCAUCUAAUCAGACUAUAGGAGGAGAGCAGAAAGAGCCAGAAUCUUCUAGAGAUGCCUUACCCUUAUUACUAGAUGAUAUGAUGCCAGCAAAUGAAAUUGUGAUAACUUCUACUGCAACAUGCCCAGAAUCUUCUGAGGAACCAAUAGGUAUUACUGACCAUUCAGAGGCCAGGGUAUUAAGGUGUAAAACAAAUUGUACAAUUGAGAGAAACUUCAAUAAGAAAAAGACUUCGCAAAAGAAAUGUUCAAGAAUAAAAACUCAUGAAAGAAGUAAAGAUUCUGAAACUUCCUUUGUAUCUAGAAACAGAAACUGUAAACGCAAGUGUAGGGAUAGUUACCAAGAACCUCCAAGAAAAAAAGCAUUACACAGAAAGUGUAAAGAAAAAGCAAAGCCUGAAGAUGUCCAUGAAUCAUUCGGAUUCAGCAGACCUAGGCUUUCAAAAGAUUCAGUCAGAACUUUGCGGCUUUUCCCCUUCAGUUCCAAACAGCUUGUGAAAUGUCCUAGGAGAAACCAACCAGUUGUAGUUUUGAAUCAUCCUGAUGCAGAUGCCCCAGAAGUAGUAAAUGUAAUGAAAACUAUUGCUAAAUUUAAUGGACGUGUACUUAAGGUUUCGUUGUCAAAAAGAACUAUCAGUGCUUUACUGAAACCAGUUUGUUAUAACCCUUCUAAAACAACUUACGAUGAUUUUCCCAAGAGGCACAAAACAUUUAAACCUGUUAGUUCUGUGAAAGAAAGAUUUGUGCUAAAAUUAACUCUCAAAAAGACAAGCAAAAACAAUUACCAGAUUGUGAAAACUACCUCUGAAAAUGUUCUGAAGGCUAAAUUUAACUGUUGGUUUUGUGGUAGAGUAUUUGACAAUCAGGAUGCUUGGGCUGGUCAUGGUCAGAGACAUUUAAUGGAAGCUACUCGUGAUUGGAACAUGUUAGAAUAA